CCCUCCCUCGCCCUCCCUCCUCUUUCUCCCUCUCAGAACGUUCCUGCCGCCGCGUUCGGACCUUCUGCUCCAGCCUCCGAGGCACGUCCAUUCUUCCCAGCCAGCGAUCAGCCGCAGAGAAAGAUUACAACUCAUUUUCUUGGCUCCGUACACAUCUUGAGGCGAGCAAAAAAUUUGAAAUAAAUUCGAACCAUGAGGGAAAUCGUGCACAUCCAGGCCGGUCAGUGUGGCAACCAGAUUGGUGCCAAGUUCUGGGAGGUGAUCAGUGAUGAACACGGCAUCGACCCCACCGGCACCUACCACGGGGACAGCGACCUACAGCUGGACCGCAUCUCCGUAUACUACAAUGAAGCCACAGGUGGCAAAUAUGUUCCUCGUGCUAUCUUGGUGGAUCUGGAACCUGGGACCAUGGAUUCAGUCCGUUCAGGUCCUUUUGGUCAGAUCUUCAGACCAGACAAUUUUGUUUUUGGUCAGUCUGGGGCAGGCAACAACUGGGCCAAGGGCCACUAUACUGAAGGGGCUGAGCUGGUUGACUCAGUCUUGGAUGUCGUGCGGAAGGAGGCAGAGAGCUGUGACUGCCUGCAGGGCUUCCAGCUGACCCACUCACUUGGCGGAGGCACAGGCUCUGGAAUGGGCACCCUGCUCAUCAGCAAGAUCCGUGAAGAGUACCCCGACCGCAUCAUGAACACCUUCAGUGUGGUGCCCUCACCCAAAGUGUCUGACACCGUGGUUGAGCCCUACAAUGCCACCCUCUCUGUCCAUCAGUUGGUAGAGAACACUGAUGAGACCUACUGCAUUGACAACGAGGCCCUCUAUGACAUCUGCUUCCGCACCCUGAAGCUGACCACACCAACCUACGGGGACCUGAACCACCUCGUCUCAGCCACCAUGAGCGGUGUCACCACUUGCCUCCGCUUCCCUGGCCAGCUCAAUGCUGACCUGCGCAAGCUCGCAGUCAACAUGGUGCCCUUCCCACGUCUCCACUUUUUUAUGCCUGGCUUUGCCCCUCUAACCAGUCGUGGAAGCCAGCAGUAUCGGGCCCUCACUGUGCCUGAGCUCACCCAGCAGGUCUUCGAUGCCAAGAACAUGAUGGCUGCUUGUGACCCCCGCCAUGGCCGGUACCUCACUGUAGCUGCUGUCUUCCGUGGGCGGAUGUCCAUGAAGGAGGUUGACGAGCAGAUGCUUAACGUACAAAACAAGAAUAGCAGCUACUUCGUGGAAUGGAUCCCCAACAAUGUCAAGACGGCCGUCUGUGACAUCCCACCCCGUGGCCUCAAGAUGGCAGUCACCUUUAUUGGCAAUAGCACAGCCAUCCAGGAGCUCUUCAAGCGCAUCUCAGAGCAGUUCACUGCCAUGUUCCGCCGGAAGGCCUUCCUCCACUGGUACACAGGUGAGGGCAUGGACGAGAUGGAAUUCACUGAAGCUGAGAGCAACAUGAAUGACCUCGUCUCUGAGUACCAACAGUACCAGGAUGCCACCGCAGAAGAGGAAGAGGAUUUCGGUGAGGAGGCUGAAGAGGAGGCCUAAGGCAGAGCUCCAUCACCUCAGGCUUCUCAGUUCCCUCAGCCUUUUUCCUCAAUUACCCCUUUACUCUCCCUCAAAAUUUGCAUCUUCUGCCUCUAUCUUUUUUCUUUUGUGAGGAGUGUGUCUCUCUAGAACAGUGCCUGACAUAACAGGCACUCAAUAAAUAUUUGUUGAAUGUC